GACCACGUUCACCUACCUCGUCGCUCGUCGCCGUCGACGGCAGUAGUGGCCUAAUGGCCCGCGGGCCUGAUACCGAACGAAAAAAAAUUAAUGUCACGAUAGCGCCGCGAGUUGGCACGCGGUUGCCCGCGAUACGAGACUCGCCGCGGUCCUGGUCCAGACCUCCAUAUAGUCUAGACUCGGCUCAACUCGGCCGUAGUGACGAGUGCUGACGAGCGCUGACGAGUUAAGACGAGUUAAGACGAGAGAGAGAGAGAGGACGCGUCCGCGCCCGUCUCGGCCGUACAGUGCUCAUCUCAAUGGCCGCUGACGGCGCCGACCCUUAUUUACUAUAGUUUUCAAAAUGGCCGCCCUUCGGGUUUUCGCACGCGGUAACCUCGUCGCGGUCUCGAAUUCUGUACAGUUGUUAAACUGCGUCACGACGACGCGAGUCUCUCAGAUUCAACACAGAUGGGCUAGUUACAAAUCAUCUUCCAAAUAUACAACACCUGAAGAUUACACAGAUUACGACAUUACCAAAGAUGAAAACGAGUGGAAAUAUGUAGAGCGUUUAUUUGGACCCAAAAUUAUACCUAAACCAGCUGAAAAUAAUGAAUUUCCAUCUGGCUAUAAACCAGCAUCUGCUUCGCCUACAGAUAAUGCUUACUUCAUAGAACGUUCAAAGAAUCACAUGCAGUCUGUAUAUUUGUAUAGAAAUCCUAGAGGAACUAAAAGAGUUACAAAAAUAACUAAAAUUCAAGGAAAUAUAUGGGAUUUGGAACGUGAUUUAAAACAACAUGUAGAAGAACAUACAAGGAAAAAAAUUGCUAGCCAGAUACACGAAUUUGCAGGUACAAUUAAAAUUAAAGGUGACUACGUUAAUUGUAUUAAAGAAUGGAUGAAUACAAAAGGUUUUUAAAAAUCACAUUGGUUUUCAUAACAAAUUGUACCUUGUAAAUAUACAAUA